GGUGGGGUGGAGGAGACACCCCACCACCAAGAAAAUAACCUGCAUAUAUUCACUCACACACCUACACUAUCACAUACACAUACAGAUAUACACAUACAUUCAAUACAUACACACUCUUUUUUUCUCCCUCUCUCUAAAAUUGUGUCUUGUUUUUUCUUCCUUUCUUUCUACUCGCGAGAAAGGUGAAGUAUUACUAGAAGAUGAGAAAUGAUAUGAGAGCAUCAUCACGCCCAAUCCAACCCUCGCUUUUCCCAAUCCCAAUCCCAAUCGAUGCCGUGAUUUUUUCCUCUCUCUAAAUCUCAAUUCCCUCUCUCUCUCCCCUAACCCUAAAUUGAUGCUCAAUUAGAAUCACAAUCACAAUCACAAUCAUGUCUUUCCAUCCUCGGCCUUACAGUCACAGCAGCUACGGAGAGGCGGAAGAUCCAGACGACGGCAGGAGGAGCGGCGGCGAAGGCAGCAGCUCCGGCAUAGCGGCGGCGCAGGUGCAGCGGGAGCACAUGUUCGACAAGGUGGUGACGCCGAGCGACGUGGGGAAGCUGAACCGGCUGGUGAUUCCGAAGCAGCACGCGGAGAAGUACUUCCCCCUGGACUCGGCCGCGAACGAGAAGGGUUUGCUCCUCAACUUCGAGGACCGCAACGGCAAGCCCUGGCGCUUCCGCUACUCCUACUGGAACAGCAGCCAGAGCUACGUCAUGACCAAGGGCUGGUCCCGCUUCGUCAAGGACAAGAAGCUCGACGCCGGCGACAUCGUCUCCUUCCAGCGCGGCGCCGGCGACCUCCCCAAGGACCGCCUCUUCAUCGACUGGCGCCGCCGCCCCGACGCCCCCGCCGAUCUCCCCCACCACUUCUCCUUCCACCACCACCACCGCUGGAGCCCCCUAUUCAUCCCCCCUCCCCCGCCUCCGCCGCGAGUCCUCCACCACCACUACCACCACCCCAUGGCAUACGGAAGCGUGGUGAACGGAAGCCCUUGCCCCCCGGGCUCGAUAGUGUACUUGAGAGGAAGCGGCAUCGCGGCGGCGCAGGGCCAAAGAGAGAUGGUUUUCGAGUCGGUGCCGGUGGUCCAAGGAAAAGCAGCAGCCAAGCGACUCCGGCUGUUCGGCGUCAACAUGGACUGUCCCAUUUCCGAGUCAGACGACCACCGCCAGCUGUUGGCGGCGCCCCCCUCUCCCCCGCCGCAGGAUCACGACAAAGGGAAGGGAUCCAUCUCUUUGGAAUUGGAUAUUUAGAAUUAUCCCUUUUGUCUUAAUUAUCUCUCUUCCACACCAACAACUGCUGCUGCGCUCCCAGCUUUUGGAGAUAAUGCAAAGAAGGGAAUUUGAAGAGAGAGAGGGGAAAUUAAGGACCAUGUUCUAGUUAAUUACUUCCCAUUGCUGAUAUGCACUUGGAGUUGUAACUGGGCUCGGCCCUUGAUGUCGUCUAAGGGUUUCGGUUUGUUCGUUUCGCUCUCAAUGAUAUAACACUAGUUCAGCAUUUGCAUUCCAUGGAAAAUAAUCUACUGCCCUUGAGAUAGGCUCUGAAAAUGAAGAUAUAUAUACAAUUAAUUGUAAGACAUAAAUAUGUAGCUUAAUCAUAUGUAUACAAUCGUGAAGUGAACUUGUGCAUUUUAUUGAUGUGGUUUAUAGUGAUUGUAAUCAUUUUGAUAAGGAAAAUGAACUGUUUGAAACAUA